GUACACAAAUUUCAGUGAAGCCUAGCUACGUCAAGACGCAAAAUAAACAAAAAUUACGGACAAACAAAACAAACGAAAACAAUCGUGCCAAACUUAACCAUACAUUUUCGAAGAAAGACAGACGCGAUACCCGGGCGAUUGCUUCGCAGAAGGUGAUUACACUGCUAGAUAAGCUACAGAUUCGGUCCACCACACGCGUGUUGGAUGGAAACGAGGAAACGGAUUGAAAUAUUGCACGCGAUUUUCGUGUCUCUGACACCGAAGACGUGUCGAGGAAUCAUGCCCGGUUGUUUAGGCAUUGAACGUCACAUGUUUACGAGAACCGACGGCAAGAAAGGUAUUAAGUAAACAAGAAAAUAUAAAUCAAUUGCGACGAGAAAUUUGCGGCGGUGACUGGUACACGAAGAACCCAUCAAAGUGUUUGCUGCAAUGGCGACACCGAAAAUAAUAGACACGAUUCUUGGAGUGUGGCCACAGUGGGUUGCUUGCUUCACAGUGACCCUGUUAUCUAUCAGUUUGGGAUUCGCGAUGGGAUGGACAUCCCCUUACAUAGCACAACUGACAACUGAAGGUUCGACACUUUACCUGACGGGACGGGAAGCGUCGUGGGUGGCGUCGUUGCUACCAUUUGGACGAGUCAUCGGGGCAUGCGCUGGUUCACUUGUUGUUGAGUAUAUGGGGAGCAAAAGGGCUCUCUUGUCGGCGGGUGGGCCCUUAAUGAUAGGUUGGAUUUGUACCAUAGUUGCUCAUUCAGCUGGAUGGCUCUACAUUUCGCGGUUCUGCAACGGACUUUCUUUUGGAAUAUUCUUCAGUUCCUUUUCCCUGUACAUCGGGGAGAUAGCGUCGCCAAAUAUCCGAGGCGCGUUGAUCACUAUGAUAGUCAACGGAAUGCCAUUGGGAAUGCUGAUCGGUAACACGAUGGGCAGUCGAAUAUCAAUGAGAUGGUUCGGAGUCAUCAGCUUGAUCGUGAUCAUUCUCUACCUUGGGUUCUUCCUGUACCUCCCACGAUCCCCUUAUUUCUACGUCAACAGAAACGAUAUGGAGGAGGCGAAGAAGACCAUUCAAUGGUAUCACAGAAAGUCGAACGUGAACGAAGAACUGGAGCUCAUCCAAGCUUUCGUUAAAUCCGCGCAAACAUCGGUUUUUCGCGACAGGCUACGGCAGAUCAUGUCAAGGAAAAACAGGCACAUAUUCAUCAUGGUCAUGAUCCUGUUCAUAAUCAUGCAAAUCAGCGGACUCUCCUCCGUCGUGUUCUACAUGGAGGUUAUAGUCACGAAGGCAGGAGUGACGGCCAUGCAUCCGGCGGAUGUCGUCAUACUCGCUGGAGUACAUGGUAUAAUCGUCGGUUGGAUCAGCGUGUAUCUGAUGGAUCGGUGCAGCAGAAAACUUCUAAUGGGAUUAUCAUGCCUCUGUAUAAUCAGCGCGAUGAUACUUUUGGGUCUACACUUCAAGCUGCUGGAACAUGGUUACAACGUGAAAUAUAUGGAAUGGAUGCCGAUCCUAGCAAUGAUGCUUUUUAUGAUGAUAAGCUUAGGAGUGACGCCAGUCCCCAGCACGUUGCUCUCGGAGCUUUUCCCUUCCGAUCUGAAGGGCAUAGCCGGUUUCAUGGCCAGUUUCACGGGCGCUGUGUUCGCGUUCAUCUGCAGCAAAACUUUUCAUCCGUUGACCGAGGCGUUGACCGAGACCUACGUCUUCUGGAUCCACGCGGUGCUUAUGAUCAUAAGCCUCAUAUAUGUAAUCACCAACGUUCCAGAAACUAAAGGGAAGACACUGAAGGUAAUUACGAAACGAUUUUGUUUGAUUGGUGCGUGGGUUCGGAAAUUAAACGUUGGACAAUCGUGUUCCCGAUGUAAUUGUUCUUAAUUUUUUAUUUGUAUUGUUAAGGAACGAAUUUUAGUUUGAUCCUCAAAAAGUUGCCUCAACUUUAUGGAAGCUGUGCUGUUAUAAAUUUUAUCGACAAUAGCAACUGUCUGGACAGUAUGUUCUUCUUUAUCUUAUUUGAAAAGCAGCGUACCUAGGAUGAAUUUUCCAUUUUUUACUGGAAAAUCUUAAUCGUCUUCCGUGGAAGAUAAUAAAAAUCUCUCGUGUAAAACAUACAGGGCUUGGUAGAAUCUAGUAUCUUCUCGUGAUUAUGGCCAAUUUUCAAUCUGUGUAAAAUAUACUGUGAACAAUUACUCCAGGAGAUUCAAGAAAUGCUGGAUAGGGAGUAUGCAGAACAAGAAAGUCAAGAGGCGACUCGCAGAGCUUAAAAUUGAAGAUAUUGUGUAACUAGAUAACAAAAAAUGUAAUGUAAAUUUAAUAUUCGCCAGAGUUAAAAACUAAAGAAAUUAAGGAUGCUAUCUAUAAGCAACUGUGGCAACUACUUGUAUUAUACAUUUGAAUUGUAUCAAAUAAAAUGAAAUGUUAUACGCUUUCAUAGAGAUAUCGUAUUCAUCCUGCUACUGUGCAUAGAACCACAUGUACCUUAUCUCAUCACGGAAAAUCACCGAAAUACUUUAGCUAUCUACCAAACAAUAGAAUUAUUAAUAUUGCAUAAGGAAAACUCACAUUCUUGCUCCAUAUUUAAACAAUAGACUACGUGAGGUUGCGUUAACACGAAUU